GUUUUAUUUUCCAGCAGAAGGAAUGCAGAGCAGGGGGCACCUCAUGGAUGUCACCAACUGUGCUGCUCUUGCCCCCAAAACCCUCUAGGCAGAAGGCUCCGCUUGCAGUUAGCCGACUCCUUGAAUCCACAGGUUCUCAGCGCAGUGACAACCCCAGCCAUUGUGCAGGGCCAAGCAGACUCCCUCUCAAAUAUGCCCAGGAAACAGAGCUGCCAAAGUGUGAGAACCCUGCUGGCGCUGGACUACAUCCACGAAUCAAAUGACCAGACCCACCGUCAGCCAUCCCUCAUCUGAUCAAACCUCAGCCAGGUAAUCCCAGUCCCCCAGUGACAGAGAGAUUCAAAGAUUCGCCUGCUGGAGAUCUCAACGUGGAAGUCCCCUAAAAGCAGGACUUGUGCUUGUUUUGUUCAUCAGCACGGAAGUGAGCAGUGACACUUCAGUAUAUGUUUGCUGAGUGAAUAAACUGAGGUCGGGGUGGUGUUUCACCUUCAUGAUGCUGCCCGAGGGGUGAACUCCAGGAUCGGUCCAAAGCAGACUUCCUAGUUGCACCCACAAUGUCAGGCGGUUUUCCUGCAGUCUCCCUCUGGCUGUUUUCCCACAGCAGGUAGGGGCCCUGAAGCUGGGGGCCAGGCCGGGGCGCCUGCGGCCCGUGGCCACCAGGUGUCGCCGCCGCGUCCCGGUGCGGGGCGGGGACGGAGCGGCCGCAGACCCGGCGCAGCAUGUGGACGCUCGCGUGCCGCGCAGCCGCCGGCCUGCUGCCCCGCACGGCGUCCCCGGGCCCGGCCCGCGCCUGCUUCUGGACUCCGCGUCACAGGAAGCCAGCCGGACCGUGCGACCGCCGGGGUCUCCAAGUCGGAACCGCCGCGGCCUGCGAGCGCCCCCACGCCAGUUUGAACCUCCACUACCUCAACCGGAUUCUGGAUGUCAAACAGCAGAAUGUCUAUUUGAUGCAUUUGAGGAACUCAGGAACUUUGGGUGAUCCAAGCUCUCUAGAUGAGACCACCUAUGAAAGACUAGCAGAGGAGACGCUGGACUCCUUGGCUGAGUUUUUUGAAGACCUCGCAGACAAGCCCUACACAUCAAAGGACUACGAUGUCUCCUUUGGGAGUGGUGUGCUAACGAUUAAGUUGGGCGGAGAUCUAGGAACCUAUGUGAUCAACAAGCAGACCCCAAACAAGCAAAUCUGGUUGUCUUCUCCCUCCAGUGGACCCAAGCGCUACGACUGGACGGGGAAAAACUGGGUAUACUCCCACGAUGGCAUGUGCCUCCAUGAGCUGCUGGCCCGGGAGCUGACUGAAGCCUUAAAAACUAAAUUGGACUUGUCUUCCUUGGCCUAUUCCGGAAAAGCCGCUUGAUGCCCCACCAAACUUUAAAGACAUUAAAAGCUGUCAGGCCAAGACCCAGCUUCCUUCUCAGCCGUGUCUGGGUUUUUUUCCAUUCCUGCUUAAGAACAGUUGCAUUGUGUGUAACAGCUCUGUGAAAGAAUGUGUCACCUCCUACCCUGCCUCUGGGAUCUGAGUUUUCUUUCUUUUUUUUGAUUAUUUUGAUUUCUUCCCGAACAUGAGACCCCUUGCAUCUUGUAAUAUCUUAUACUCAUAGCUUAUGAUCAUUAUACAAAUACAAAAAGAAAAAGAAGGACAAGUUCCAGGAGGAGAAACGAAUUAGCUUCACUCUUCAUUCUUUGAAGGGUUUACUGUGAAAGUCACAUGAAGAGCAGCUGGCCGAUCUCACCAUUCUGUCUGAAAAUGAAACCUGCUAAAGAGUAGCUUAUAAACGUCCCUAAGCUUCUUUCAGAGUCUAUACACUAACAAGUUCUUUCCCAUUGAAGUGUCAAAAGGAAGAAACUGAGGACUAUCCCCUUUGUGGUUUGUGGCUGCCAGGAUGUAGCCUGAACUGGAUGAGCCAGGAGGCCUGGUGCUGUUGCUUUCAAAUACUCAUAUGUACUGCACUCAUGUGCACAUGUGUAUACACAUACAUACAUAUAUGUUUUCUAAUUGAAAUGUCGUUACAGAAUAAGCUGUAGCAGUAUAGUAUUCCUGAAAAUACACUCAGGAAAAAAUAAAAACCCAGACACAAGAACCUCAUCCAUGGGGAUGAGGAGGAACUUGGUAAAUGUGAAGAGACAGAUGUGAAAGAGACUCAUUCAUAAGGACAGCCCUGGCCCCAGAUUUGCUUCAAGCCCUUGUGGACGGGGUUCACAAACUCCCUGCCUUGCCUCCCUGUGUGUUUAGGAGAGGAUGGAAGGCAAUUGACUUCCAGCAGGUAGAGCCUGUCAGGCAGCCCAGCAGGCUGAAUCAGCUUAGCUCUGAUUCCCACCGGGUAGGUGAGGAGGCAAAAGUGAACAAGUCUUUAUGCUGCAUAGCAAGUACAUGGGUAUUGGUGUUGCUCUAUUGGAAUUUCAACUAAAUUCAUGUUAUGUAACACCUGUCCACUAUUACAUCCUUACAAGUGGUAAGCCUGUUAUACCAUCUUAGUGUGUUAAUUUACACAGGAAGCAGCAAGGCUCCAAAAUACCAAAACUGACUUAAAGUUAUCUUCAUGUUCUCUUAUUUUCUUACUCAAGAAAGAUAUAGGGACUUGGGGUACAGCACACUUGCCUAGCAUGGUAGGCCCUGGGUUCAGUCCCCAGCACCAUACACACACACACACACUCACAAACUCACACGCACAGAAAAGAUUUAUUAGUGACAAGUCUAUGCAAAUGUGUAGCAAAGGCUUUUGCAGUGAGUGAACCACACAUUCCAUUAUAGAAAAAAAAACAAUAGAACAGUAUAAACAAAUGCUAAGUGGGUAUUUAAGAUAUUUCCU